AUGACUCAGAACUUAGUUCCUUUAGCUCCUCAUACAGAGGACUAUAACUAUAUUGAGUAUGAGCUUCAGCUACAGCUUAAUGCCCCAAAGCUUAGGAUUUCUGACUGCUAUGUUCUUAAAAAUCCACACGUUGAAGCAUCUUAUAUCAAUUACUUCAAAACAUUGACGCCUCAAAAUGUCGUUGAUGUCUUUGUUCCACUUACAUCAAUCGAUCAGACAAUUUCUGAUAUCGCAGCAAAAGGAAUUAUCGUUAAUCCACAAACAGGAUUUCGUUUUAAGGUAGGAACAUUUGAUAUUGAUAGAGAACAAGAAAUGAUCGAAGUCAUACGCAUUACUGUUGCUCUUGGUAACACUCUUAACUUUCAAUCUGCAUCAUCCGACUUAAAGAAUUAUGAAUUCGCUCAAGACCAGCCAACAAGUGGUGUUCUUCGUGCUGGAUAUCAUUCUCUUUGUGUUUCCGAUAAGAGUGAAUACGUAGUGUUCAAUUCUGCCCAAAUUAAAACUUGCGAAUACAUAAGAUUCCCAGGCGGAGCUUCUCUUGAACAGCUUAAAGAGGAAGGUGAUAUCUGCGACCAAUGUGGUGUCGCACCUGCUACAAUAUGGUGUGAAAACGAUAACGCAAAAUUCUGUGAUAAAUGUGAUGCAGAAGCACAUCAAUCCCACAUCGCAGCACGUCACCGCAGAAUGACUCUUGCAGAAGCACGCGCUCUCAUGGAAUACUGCCCAUUCCAUAAAGAUACAAGAGUUGAAUACUAUUGCACAGAGUGCCAAAUGCCUGUUUGUAUUCAAUGCAAGAUGGUUGGCAGCCACUCAAAGGGCCAAGCAGCCAGCCACCCUCUCAUUCCAAUCAAACAAGCCUACGCUGAAGCAAUUGAAGCAGCUUCCAAAGAAGAUCCAAUUUUCGCAAGAAGAAGACAAGAAAUCGCCCAGAAAUCAGAAGCUGCUGAUGCCAAGCUCGAAGCAAUCAUGCAGAACGAGCGCGAUGUCGAGCAAGAGAUCAUGAGACUUGCAAACGCUGCAAUAGAACGCGCAAAGCAGCUUUCAAGCGAAAAAGCUUUGAUUGUCAGAUCUGUCAAAACAGAAUUGCAGAGGAAAACGAAGGAACUCGAUGUUCUCGCCAAGUUCAUUGGUGUCCAAAAGAAAUACGCCGGACCACUCGCCUUCCUCAGCGCUUUCGACAGACACUCCAUGGCUGUUGCCAAUCUCCAAGGCACAGAAGAUCUUCCAGAAGACUUAACAGUCGAAGCUGAUCUUUGCGUUUAUGGAAAACUUGAUGUCUGUCCAACAACGAACAAACCAACAAGGAAUGUUCGCGAAUCUAUCUCACAGCUCCGUGAGAACCAGUUAGACGUUGCUCCUCGCGCUGCUCCAAUUGCAAGACGCGAAUCAUCUCCAUCCGACAUGCAACAAACGAGACGUAGAUCAUCUGCUUCCAAACAGCAAAUUUCGAGUGCUGAGAAACAGAAGAAAGUCGAAAGUGAAGAAGAUAACAACCAGGAAGAAGAAGGCUACGAUGAAGAAGAGACAGGAAACAGUUUACCACCAAGAAAGAACUUCGAUUCAACAGCAAGUAUUUCAAGUGCAUUUGAUUCACCGAAGAAACAUCAUGACACACCUCCUCCAACAUCAGCUCCUCUUCCUCAGAGACAGCAGAUUGUUCCAAUGCGUCCACCUGUAGAACCACCAUCCCUUGUCGAAAUGGCCAGGAAGAAAGAGGCAAAGAACAAGUCACGUGGAAUUGAGUUAACAUUCCAACCAUUCGAAGAGUCAAAGAUUUUGACAAUUCAGUCUCAAUCAACAGCUCUUUAUCUUUGCUUCCCAUUCAGGAAUGUUCCUCAGACACAUCUCUUAUUCAGCACAGAACGUGAUGGCAGAGAUAUCGCUAAGAUGCACCAGUUGAUCGACAACAUCGGAAUCACUUGUUUGCUCAUCAAGAAAGGUGAUUUCAUUUUUGGUGGUUUCGCUGCAGCUAAAUGGAACAGCGAUGGAAAACCAUUUGGAAAUGGAUCAAACUCUUUCUUAUUCUCUGUAUCUCUCGAUGCUUAUAUCCCUUACAGACCAAGAGUUGCUGACUCUUGCUGCCUCUACGCAACAAAGGAUACUUUGACAUUCGGAAAAUGGGAUUUGAUUCUUGAUGACAACUUCGACACUUGCAGCGCUGUCAUUGAAAACUCUUACGGCGUUGGAUUCGAUAGAGGAAGUACAGAAGCACAAACUUUCUUAGCUGGAGAGCCAAACUUCAGAGCUGAUAUCGUGGAAGUUUGGGGAUUCUUCACAAUUGACAAGUAA